CAACAUAGUUCCUAUAAAAGCUAUAUUAUCCAAUAAUGCAUUGCUCCAAUUCUGCUCCCAAUGUAACAACAUUUUCACCACUUAUUAUGAAUUUCUCCUAAUUCUCAACAAAUUACCCAAGCUUCUAAUUUUAAUUUAUUUAUCUAUUUUUGUAGAGUUAUUAUACCUUUAAGAAAAACUGCACCAUGUGUCAAAAGGAGGCACAAAAUUUGCUAUCAACCGCAGAUGGUGAAUACAUCAUAUAUGCAGAUAGAGGAAGAGUCACAAAUCUCAGAAAAAAUAAUGAAUAUGAACAUUCAAGUGAACCAACCAAAAAGUCAACACCAAGUGGUCAAAGACUACUCAAAGGUUAUGAAUUAGUAGACCUAAUGGAAAUGGCAAAGACCAAUAAAUUGAAGAAAUUGGAGUUCACCAAAACUAGGAGCGUGAGAAUGACUUUCAACGAGGAAAAGAAAGAUGGCCCUCUCAAAAAUUGGUCCAACAAGAAAGCCCAACAAAGGCCCAACAAAAAUAACAACCCAAAUCAUGUUGGGCAAUGUUGUUGCAAAAAUGAAUCAAAUGCAAACACUAGCCCAAAAAUGGAUCAAAUACUAUAUUUACUAUACUUACCGUAA